UCUUUCUCAGUCUUCACAGCUCACAUACAAUAACUCCCCAUCUCUCUAGGAUAUGUAUUAUGUAGAUACAGGUUCCUUUUUUAUCUUUGUUCUAUCUAUAUCACUAGGGGUUUCUUUUUUAGUAUAUAUAUAGAUAUUGGUGCUUCUUUAAAAGCCUCUGAUCUGAACUCUGUGCACUGAAAUAUAUAUAGAGAACAAGAACAAAGAAGGAAACUAUUUUACAAGAAAUCAGAAUAGGCAAUCGGGUUGUUAGCGGAUGCGAAAGCAUUUACUGUGGUGUAUUUAGCAGCUCGAAAAGAGUAUCAUCGUUAUAAGGCGCACUUGUCGAAUUUUUGUUUGGAGUUGGUUGAUUUAGCAGCUUGAAAAGACCAUCAGCAUAAUAAAGUGCACUUGUCAGCUUUUUUGUGUCCAUUGCUUUCGGGUGCUAACUUGCUUGCAGUUCUCCAGAGAUUACGAGGGGUUAGGUAUCCGGCUUUAUCCGGCUGUGUGGGAGGAGCUUCACUGAUUGGCAUUGUAAUUAUUGAGCUUGUUCAUUUCAAAUAGGUUGCUUAGUAAUGUGGUUGUGCUAGUUGACUGAAUAAAAUUAUGGAAUCUGAAACUCGGACUAUAGAUUAUAGGCAGCAGUCCAGCAUGAUUCAACGGAUACUUUCUGCUUCUGUGCCGAUGCUGCUGAUUACAGUUGGCUAUGUUGAUCCUGGGAAAUGGUCUGCAAUGGUUGAUGGAGGAGCCCGAUUCGGGUUUGAUUUGAUCAUGCUAGUACUCUUGUUCAAUUUUGCUGCCAUUCUGUGCCAGUAUCUGUCUGCUUGUAUAGCCUUGGUUACAGACCGAGAUCUCGCGCAGAUUUGCAGUGAAGAAUAUGACAAAGUUACAUGCAUAUUCCUAGGAAUUCAAGCUGAGGUUUCGCUGAUUGCUCUGGACCUCACAUUGGUUUUGGGCACUGCACAUGGGCUUAAUGUUGUGUUUGGAAUUGACCUGUUUAGCUGUGUUUUUCUGGCUGCAACUGGUGCCCUUUUUUUUCCACUGCUCUCUUCUCUCGUCGACAAUGGCAGUGCGAAAUUCUUAUGUAUUGGUUGGGUUAGCUCUGUACUGCUCUCUUAUGUUUUUGGAGUGGUCAUAAGUCAACCUGAAACUCCAUUCUCCAUCGGUGGGAUGCUGAAUAAGUUCAGUGGAGAGAGUGCAUUUGUGUUGAUGAGUCUUCUUGGAGCAAGUAUUAUGCCUCACAAUUUUUACCUCCAUUCUUCUAUUGUACAGCAAGGUAAGGAAUCAACAGAACUUUCCAGGGGAGCUCUGUGUCAGGACCAUUUUUUUGCCAUUGUUUUCGUAUUCAGUGGCAUUUUCCUUGUCAACUAUGCCGUGAUGAAUUCAGCAGCCAAUGUGUCUUACAGUACUGGACUUUUGCUGCUGACAUUUCAGGACGCAUUAUCAUUGCUCAAUCAGGUGUUCAGAAGUUCAGUAGCACCAUUCACCAUAAUGCUGGUUACAUUUAUUUCCAAUCAAGUUACACCACUAACUUGUGAUCUUGGUAGACAAGCUGUUGUGCAUGACUUAUUUGGAAUGGACAUCCCGGGCUGGCUUCAUCAUGUGACAAUCAGAGUUAUUUCUAUUGUUCCAGCCCUUUAUUGUGUAUGGAAUUCAGGAGCUGAAGGCGUAUAUCAGUUACUAAUAUUCACACAGGUUGUGGUUGCUCUUGUGCUUCCGUCUUCUGUCAUACCCCUGUUCAGAGUUGCUUCUUCCCGAUCAAUAAUGGGCAUCCACAAAAUUUCUCAGUUAAUGGAGUUCUUAUCUCUUGGCACAUUUAUCGGCUUACUUGGCCUGAAGAUUAUAUUUGUCAUAGAGAUGAUAUUUGGGAAUAGUGAUUGGGUUAAUAAUUUGAAGUGGAAUGGUAUUGGGAGUAGCGUGUCUACUCCAUAUGUUUUUCUCCUCACUGUAGCUUCUUUAUCUCUUUGUCUGAUGCUGUGGUUAGCAGUUACUCCGCUGAAAUCUGCAAGUUCCAGGUUCGAUGCUCAGGCAUUUUUGCAAAUGCCUAUGCCCGAGUCAUAUCCCGAGUGUAACCAACUUGAUGCGAGUAAUACUAACUUUGGUCUAGAAAGGUCCUUCCAAAAGCAAGAAGGUACAUUUCAUGUCGAAAAAUGCGAUCCAGAUUUAUCAACUUCAGAUCUUGAUCAAAUCUUGCCCGAAUCACUCUUGGAUUUUGAGAAGGUCCAUCAUUUGGCUACCAUUGACGAGAGCAAAUCUGAAACGACAUUUUCAGCUCCUGCUGUCAGUCAUCCUGAGAUAUCUUCCGCAGCAAAAAGUGUUGGUAGUGAGGUGUCUGAUGUUGAAUCUGUGGAUACCAGUGUCGUCACUACUGAAUCUGUGGAUGUCGUAGAGAAGACACUCAGAAUUGAAGGGGAGAUGGAAAAUGACAGGGAUGAUGGAGAUUCGUGGGAGGGGCCUGAAGAGGCAACUAAAGGAGUAUCUGAGAACGCUCAAUCUUUUAUUUCUGAUGGUCCGGGGUCAUACAAGAGUCUUGGUGGCAAAACAGAGGACACAGGGAGUGGUACGGGAAGUUUAUCAAGAUUAGCAGGUCUUGGUCGUGCAGCUAGGAGGCAGUUAACAGAAGUUCUAAAUGAGUUUUGGGGGCAGCUUUUUGAUUACCAUGGCGCGGCCACACAAGAAGCCAAGUUCAAGAAACUGGAUAUAAUACUUGGUCUGGAUUCAAAGAUGAAUCCAAAACCUUCCCCUUCAUCAUUAAAAGUAGAAAGCAGUGCGUAUAUUCCAUCUGGGAGUGCAAGAGUACCGGAGUCUCUGAUCAACUCGAAUAUGUACUCUCCCAAGCAGCAGCAAUUUGCAUCAGGCAUUGUGGACUCUGCUAAUAGAGUCCCAAAGGAGCCAGGUUCGAUGUGGUCUAGCCAUAUGAAAUUAUUAGAUGCUUAUGUGCAACAAAGUUCCAACAGCAACAUACUUGACUCAGGUGAGAGGCGCUAUUCCAGUAUGCGGAUUCCAGCGACAUCUGCUGGCUAUGAUCAGCAGCCUGCUACUGUGCAUGGAUAUCAGAUUACUGCUUACCUUAAUCAAAUUGCGAAAGAAAGAGGAUCUGAUUAUUUAAACGGGCAACAAAUGGAGUCACCAUCUCCUCGUUCUGUAUCAUCACUGUCGUCAUCAAACUAUGCCGAACCGUUCGCUCGUUCUUUGGGGCAAAAACCUCAGAGUGGAGUGAGUAGUCGAGCACCACCUGGUUUUGGAAAUGUCCCUGUAGCCCGAAAUAAUUCCAUGCAGCAGCCCGUUAACACUUCUACCACCGAUCUUAGCUCUACCGAAAACGCCGAGAGCUUAGCUGGCUCAGCCAACUCGAAAAAGUAUUACAGCUUGCCUGAUAUCUCAGGCCGCUAUGUUCCUCGCCAAGAUUCUUCACUCACAGACGGGAGAGCUCAAUGGUACAACAAUUCCAUGGGAUAUGGACAAUCUAUUGGUCGAUCUACUUACGAACAAGCCUAUAUGAGUGGUUCACUAAGGACAGGUGGUGGUCACCAGAGGUACGAACAUUCUCCUAAAGUCUGUAGAGAUGCGUUCUCCUUGCAGUACAGCUCGAAUCCAGGGAUGGGAUCUGGAUCCCUAUGGUCUAGACAGCCUUUUGAGCAAUUUGGGGUAGCUGGUAAGCCAGAUAUUGCUAGCGGCGAUCAGGGAGCCAUGCAGAAUUCGUCCGCUCAGGAGAGCACGUCUACGGUGGAUUUGGAAGCUAAGCUACUUCAGUCAUUCAGAAGUUGUAUUGUGAAACUUUUGAAACUGGAAGGAUCUGAGUGGUUAUUUAGGCAAGAUGAUGGGGCUGAUGAGGAUCUUAUAGAUCGGAUUGCUGCAAGAGAGAGAUUUCUAUAUGAAGCUGAAACUAGGGAGAUUAGUAGAUUGACCAACAGUGGUGAAUCACAAUUCUCUUCCAACAGGAAACCUGGUUCUGCCUCAAAACCUGAAGAGAUGGAUUACACCAAGUUCUUGGUGAUGUCAGUUCCUCACUGUGGAGAAGGUUGUGUUUGGAAAGUAGAUCUGAUUGCAAGCUUCGGUGUAUGGUGCAUUCACAGAAUUCUCGAGCUUUCACUUAUGGAAAGUAGGCCAGAGCUGUGGGGCAAAUAUACCUAUGUUCUCAAUCGUCUUCAGGGCAUAAUAGAACUGGCAUUUUCGAAGCCCCGUUCUCCAACGAGCCAUUGUUUUUGUCUUCAAAUUCCAGUUGUCCGCCAGCAGCAAAAGUCAAGCCCCCCUCCAAUUUCAAAUGGAAACUUACCGCCACAAGCAAAACAGGGCCGAGGAAAAUGCACGACUGCACCAAUGCUCUUAGACAUGAUCAAAGACGUGGAGAUGGCAAUUUCCUGUCGAAAGGGACGAACAGGCACUGCAGCAGGAGAUGUAGCUUUCCCUAAAGGGAAAGAAAACUUGGCAUCUGUCCUCAAACGCUAUAAACGUCGACUAUCCAAUAAGCCAGUAGGAAACCAGGAGGCAGCGGGUGGAGCUGCUGGACCACGCAAAAGUACGUUGUCGCCCUCAUCAGCUCCUUUUGGUUUGUAAAUCUUGUUUCUGAGUUCGUAGCAACUGACAAGUGAUCGGUCACCAUUGGUAAAGACUUGUGCUUAGUUGCUAUGAAUUUUCAGUCUCUCCCCUUCCCCACAACCUCCCCUUGUAUUUCCUGAUGUGUAUUUGAAUCUUUGCAGCUUAUUCACCCCCAGCUCCCUCCCCUUGUACCUCAGUCUUGUAUACAUAGGAUAAAAUGUUGUAACGAGGUUAAUGUAAAACUGUAGCGGUGAAAAAUGAAACGGGCUAAAAGGCGGUAAAGGAUCUUAUUGCAAAAUUUGCAGUUUUCUCCCUUUUUUCUGUAGUGCCAUGUUGAACUUUAGCCUUUGCUGAAUUACUUUAAGAUCAAAAGCUUAUUAUAUUACUGCUACCUUUUUAUGUAAUGGGAAAAUUAGUUGCUGCAUAUGUAGUUUGCUUGCCAUGUUGAACUGACAGCAAUUUGACACUGCCAGUUACUUUUAGGCAAAAGCUUGCUAUCUGGACCUCUUUUUGCGAUGGGACUAUUAGUUAAGUACAGAUGCUAGGAGUUUUACAGUAGCAUGUAAAAUAAUGUUUUCCUGAUUAGUAGCGGAACUAAAUUUUUUACUAAGGGAGUUAAAAUAUAAAUAAGUAUGCAACAAAAUAGGUGGGGGAAUUCAACGUAUAAUAUACAUAAUCUUUUUUGCCUAUCUAAACGUUAUUUUCAGCGAAGGGUAAAAAUAUAUUUUUUGGGGACAAAGGCGGCUUUGCCAUGUCUCAGUUUUAAUUUAUGUGAUAUUGUUUGAAUCAACACGAAGUUGAAGAAAUAAGCGAAGUCUUUUAGAAUUUAUAAUCGUACACUUAGACAUAAUAUAAGAUGAACACUGUUAAGUUACUUAUUCUCUAAUUUAAGAUGAAUCAUUCUCUUAUGAGAAGAAUUAGAAGAAAAAGAUGUUACGUAAGCUAAAGUGAAGAAAAUACAAAAGGUGUGAAUUAUUGACUGGGAUAGGGGGGACAAGGACAGCCAUAUUCCAAUAUAUGGUAAUUACAAGUGGAUUUUUUGGUGAAUUCAUCAGCAUUCCAAUAAAGAUCUGUUAUCCUUACCGCUUUAGUUGAACUUAGGGGUCAGUAUUAGAGAAAAUAAUAUAUUAGCUUAGAUUUUAUUUAAUUUUUGUUUUGUAUUUUCAAUCUAGGUAUAAUUAAUAUCUGUAAUAGCUAUACACCCUAUUCAAUACUAUUUUUUAUAUAUAGUAAACGUAUGUAUGAUUAGUACCAGUACUAUUCCUAUUCUGAUGCACCCUAUUCAUUUAAUAAACAAACCGAACAGUCGAUACAAAAUAAUGUCAUCAUAACUAAUCCUAGCAUUACUAAUACACAAUAUUCAGUACUAUUCUUAUACACUCUACCAAACGACCCCUUAUUGUGAUCAUUACGGGUGCAGAGGCAAGAUUUAUAAUAUAGUUUAUGUGUUCGGUAAAUUUUAGUAAUUUAUUUUUGUUUUAAAAAUAUAUCAAUAUAUACAAAUUAUCUAUUUCAUAAUUAGGAAAUUGUUCUGUCCUAUAUUUUAGAAUUCAUAAAUUUAAAAUCCUAAAUUUAUCCAUGUCUACAGUAUUAGUAGAAUUAAAUCAUCAAGUUCAAUAUAAAUUAGUGUGGUCCCUCUCCUCAGGACAUCAAAAUGUCAAGCCAUGAUCGAAGAAGGACAUGAGACAAAAGCACAUUAGAGGUCGCUUGGUAGCUGGUUAGGAGGUGAGUUAUGCAGAUAUUAAAUCCUGCAUAAGUAAUAUCAUGUUCGUUAGUUGGUUUUAUGAGGUUUGUUAUUCAUGUAUAAACUUGGUAUAGUGUUGGUUUGCAAUUUACAAACUCGCAUAACUAACACAUGUAUAAAUUAUGAGGGAAUCUAUGUAUUAUUCUAUGUAGGAUAUAAAAGAUGAAAAUUAAUACUACAUGAAUAACUAAUACCUACAUAACUCUAACGAGCUACCAAAUGACCCUUAACUAGUGAGGUCCCAAUUUUUGGUGGACGGAACAUGAUGAGUGCAAUCCAAUGGUUGAUAUUUCACCCCCUUAGAUAGAGGUUUUUUUUUUUUUUUCCUCAAAAUGAAACCUUUCCUGAUAGAGUACUUUAUUUUCUUUAAUAAGUCACUUCGAUUCGAAUUUAAUUAAUCUGAGUCAAGAAAUUUAUAUGUUGAAUAUUUAAACUUUAAAGCAAAAGAAAAAAGUUGAGCGUAUCGUGGUCUAACAUCAUAUACACGUAAAAAGUUGUGAGCCAAGCGUGUAACUGUCUUUUUCAUUCUUUAUUUUUUUUCUAUUGCAUUAUUGCAUAUAUCACUCUCAAUUCUCCUUUCUUUCUGCAAGUUUCUAGCAUUUACUUCUCAAAGUCUUUUCUUUGCUUUCUGUUUAUGUGAGUUUUAGCUUUGUUUCGUCGACAAGAAAGUUCCACAAGUAGUUUUGGUCGACAAGGAGGCAGAAAUUGCAGUAAUCAAACUACAAGAUGUAUGUACUAGUGAUUUCGUUGCCUUUGAUUAUAUUGGUCUUGAUAAUAGCCAUUGUUUGUUACCUGUGUGGAAGGUCAUGUUAGAAUUGAUCAAAGACGUUUGGAAAAUUUCUCUGUUGUAUUUGAAUUUAUACAAGUAUGUAGAAUAAAAAAGUAAAAUCAUAUCUAA